AUGCAAGAAUCGGAAGAAACUUGUGAGGUUGUACGAUCUCAAAAAGGAAAAGACAAAUUAAAUGUUCAUGGGUAUCUAAUGGUUAAAGAAAAAAAUGUUGGGAAUAAAUAUUAUUGGUGCUGCGAAUUUAGGAGGUCAAAAAAAUGUAAUGGCUGUGCAACAACACUUUUAAUUAAAAACUUGCAUUAUCUGCAAGAUAUGUCUGAACAUAAACACUUGCCUGAUGCUAGCCGUGUAGAAGUAGUUAAAGCUAUCACUGAAAUUAAAAAACGUGCCUCUCAAAGUAAAGAAAAGCCCGUACAACUAAUUCAAAAUUAUAUGGCUACCCUUUCAGAAGAUGUUAAACCCUUUUUGCCAUCACACAAUGCUCUUCGUAAAACAGUUGUUCGUUCCAGAAAAACUGUACAAUUACCACAACCGCAACAUGCUUUGGACUUUGAUCUUCCACCCACACUUUUUGGACCUGAAGAAAAUUCUAGGAUCCUUCCAUUAGUAUACACACUUAUGACAAACAAAUCUGAAGAAUCUUAUAGGCGAUUCUUCAAUGGCUUAAUUACAUUUGCUCAACAAAUCGGUAUUCAGUUAAAUCCAAAAUGGAUAAUUACCGACUUUGAAAGAGCAGCUAUUAAUGCAUCCUGUUGCGAAUUUCCUAACGUGGUAAACAAGGGAUGUUUUUUUCACCUAUGCCAAAGUGGAUGGCGUAAGGUUCAGAAGUCUGCGGACCAAAUUCAAGAUGCAUUUGAUACCCUAAUG